AACUGGGGGCGCUCACCGACACAACGGGGAGCGCUUUUUUUGGGUGUUUUGAGGGCGCCUGGCGGAUCUCCGGGCUCCUCUUUUCGCCCCUCCGCCCGGUUUAAUGUGUCAGGCCGCCGUUGGCUGCCCUCGCCACCUGGAUAUUAUUUAUAACCGGCAAGAAAAUUGGAUGGGACGGACGCACGAGCUAGACAAUCCCGGAAAUAACAUGCGUACUCUCAGCCUGUCACGUACGCUCGCCGAGGAUUUGCAUUGCUGUAGGCUGCCGUAGAAAUGCCCAACACACUCCCAGAAUGUAUAUAAGACACGGAGACAAACAAACACGCUGCUUCAGAGUAUUUAAACCGGAGAAAUGGGAGGAAUCAAAGGCAGCAGAGGAGGACUUAGUCAUGAAACUUCCAUCGGUUGCGCCAGGGAUCUUCUCCCCCAGAGAGAGCAGCAGCGGCUCAGCUAGAAAAUGAGUCGAGGACGUGAAGUACGUGCGCAUCCAGCAGAUGACGAGAUGAAAUGGAGAGUUUGGAACAGACGGACCUUGUAAACCCAGCCCGCGGAUCCGUCGCUGUUUCAGACUCGCAGGACAGAGGAGCGAACAGCAGGCAGUUUGUCAGCGGACCGACAGAGAUUCAUCACACGCACCGGACGGACAUGGGGCUUAAUGGCUUAUGUGCGGCGCCGGUCGGCAGUCCAACCGCGGCGGAGUUGCUCGCGGAUCUAGCCUCUCAGACUGACUCCCCGGGAAUCACCACCCCGACGAAGCAAUGCAAAACCGGCGUGCCGCUCUACAGCGGCGGGGUGGUGUCGCCUUCUGCAACUGUAGAGGGCAACCACUCAGGCGUUUUGGCUCAGACGCCAAAUGGUUACCCUGCCCAAGUAACGGGGGUGGAGGGGCAAACGGAGGGCCCCGGGUACCCCCUCACCAGCAGAGCCUGCCUGAUGGAGAACGGGGACUGGACUGCUCAUGAGAAGCACCCGUCAGUAACGCGGAGACUCAAUGGUGACUUAAAAACCAGACAGGCACAACAGCAGAAAAAGAGAUGUGGGGAGAAUCGGGAGAUUGGGCCAGAGACUGUUAACAGCCAGAGCGUGGGGUCACCCGGACCAGGAGGUUCUGUGGACCCAGUAUUCGCUUCAGGGGACUCGGACUGUAAGCGGAGAAGGUUGGUAGAUGGAGGUGUUGCAAGCAAAUCCACAGAAACCAGCAGAGUGGCUCGAGCAGUCGCCCCUCUCUCAGUUGCUGUCAACUGUGGCAACAGUUCCCAUUCCAACCAGUUGGCUUCCUUAACCCACGCUGCCCCUAAUAAUCAGCACAGUGGGCACAGUAAGGUGGCUUCUUCAGGCCUUUCAGCUGCACCCGGGGUACAUGCUGCCCGUAACCCACCACUUCCUGCAGGGACUGGCUGGUCAGCAGAGCGCAUAGCCAAGCAGUACAUCGUCCCUUGCAUGAGGUAUUAUGGGAUUUGUGUAAAGGACAACUUCCUGGGCUCCCAGCUGGGCGACAGAGUCCUAGAAGAGGUGGAGACUCUAAAUCAGAGUGGGAAGUUUCGCGGUGGGCAGCUGGUGAGCCAGAAGACCAUUCCCUCCCUUAACAUCAGGGGCGACCAGAUCGCCUGGGUGGAGGGGAAAGAGCCCGGGUGCGAGAACAUUGGAGUGCUGAUGGCUCACAUAGAUGAGGCCGUCAUGUACAGCUCUGCCAAUGGACAGCUGGGGAACUGUGUCAUCAACGGACGCACUAAGGCCAUGGUUGCCUGUUACCCAGGUAACGGGGCAGGGUACGUGCGCCACAUUGACAACCCUAACGGUGAUGGACGGUGCAUCACCUGUAUCUACUAUCUUAACAAGAACUGGGAUGCCAAGAAACAAGGCGGGUUGCUGCAGAUCUAUCCUGAAGGCAAAAAUGUGGUAGCCAAAGUUGAACCUCUCUUCGACCGGCUGCUCAUCUUCUGGUCUGACCGCAGGAACCCACAUGAAGUUAGGCCAGCCUACUCAACUCGCUAUGCCAUCACAGUCUGGUACUUUGAUGCCAAAGAGAGAGCAGAGGCUAAAGAGAAAUACCGAUUGGCAACAGGACAGAAAGGUGUUCAAGUGCCUGUCACUCAAAACAGCAGGACAUAAAUCUCAUCUAGUGACUGGAGAGCACUCUCAGAGCAUUACGUGCCUUCCUUAACUGUUAAUGGACGUUGUGAUCAUUAAGGGAGAUGCCGUUAAGCUAUUCAUCACCGCAGCUCUUCAAGUGUCGGCUGUCAGAGUCACAUCACAGCCCGUGAUGUAAUAUUUUUGCUGCCCUAUGACCAGGCUGCUGAAAUGUAGAGCGCAGUGAGCAGGAUUGUAUGGCAAAGGUCAUACUUGCGCGUCGUGGCAGAAGAAGAAGGAAAAUUACUCGAGCUUCUCACUGAAUCGCCUAUGAACACAGCAAGCUGAAAAACUUUAUUGCAGUUUUUGCCUGCUCAGUUAUCAGCGGUGUAUUGAGAUAUCAACGUUUUUACUCGGCUCUCGUGUAAUUUUUUCCCAAGCGAAACACAAAGAGCAAAAGUGGUAAAUCAAUGGAAGCACAGUAGAAAUCAAUGCCAUGAGAUUCUUUGCUCCCUCUCGACUGUAAGACAGUGCCCUUGUCUCAUGAUGUGGGCAAGACAAAAGAAAUGGGCCAUGACACGCAAAGAGUGGCUGUCAGCCACGAUGCAGUGGACAGUCGCACCGUGGCACUCAUUCGGUCCUGGCUGAAGGACUAGUUCUUGCAUGAGGACAGCUCUACGCCGUAGUUUCUUUAGUAGAUACAAUGUGUGUGUAACAGAUUUUCAAGAAGUAAAGCUGUUCUACAUACUUGAUGGAGAGUCCUCUGUAAAUGACUGAAAUUCACGGCUCACAUAUGAGACAAGAGGCAAGAUGUUCACUGACAGUGGACAAUACGGGGUUUGAAGAAACAGACUGUGGUGUGUGUGUGUGUGUGUGUGUGUGUGUGUGUGUGUGUGUGUGUGUGUGUGUGUGUGUGUGUGUGUGUGUGUGUGUGUGUGUGUGUGUGUGUGUGUGUGUGUGUGUGUGUGUGCAGAUCCAGCUUGAUUCUUAACAAAAUGGAAACAACAAGUUACCGUCAGUGUGGAUGCUGUUGAACAAAUCUACCCACCUCCUCAAAAAAAAAAGAGGCACACAAAAACAAAAGAUGGAUAGCAAAAAGAAUCAGAUGACUAAGUUAAACUUAGCAGUAAUUAACAGAACGAUUAAUCUCAGUCUGUGUGCUCGAGACCUUUUCAUAUACAAAGCACAGAGUAAACAUACACUGUAUAAAUGAACAAACAGCCAGGUGAAAAUAUUGCCUACUCGUGUGUGGGAUUGAGUAUUUGUGUGUAAAUGUGCACGUGUCCGUCAGAUUCCACUGUCUUGAAGAGGGCCGCUGGUAUUGUCUCAGUGUAUCUUAGAUUGAUUGAAGAGAAGGUUGUUUUUUUUUAUUUAAAAAAAAAGCACUUUAUUGUUUAAAAUUGCCAUGUGUGAAUGAUAGAGGGGGAAAAACAUGAUUACAAAUGUAGAUUAAUGAGUUUAUGCUGUGUAUAAUAAGAUUCAUUCAAAUGCAAUAGAAACUAAAAUGAUGAGAAAGAAUGGAAGCCGUCUUUUUUUUUUAAAAAAUGUAUUUAAUUAAAAUGUUUCUGUUUUGUACACGAAAAUUGUAAUUGAUUUACUGGGCGGGGGCGAAAAAAAUUCUAACCUGAAUUGUAGUUUAACUUGCUUUCUCUUCAUCUUAGAUGAGAGAGCAACUUCCAGUACAUUUUUAAAUAAACAUGUUUUCCAAUGCAGUAAUCUCAUGUGAACUUUGUAAAGCAUUGUGACUAUAACAAGUGAUUUGUUCUCCAAGUAUCAUAUAAA